AUGAACACCGAGACCUGCGUUUCAUACAGUGAUAUGACAUCCAUGGAUUCAUAUUAUAGCCCCUCUGCUGUGCAAGGUAGGGAUCACCAGACGGACCACUUUAGGACAUUCCCAGCUACUGACACCAAAUACAGCCCCACUGCCUUCCUGCCCAACAAAGGUCAGGCUUACGGAGAAAAGUCCAGGAGCCCCUUCCAACAGGAGUGCCAGUCAUUGGAUGCCGGCGCAGCUGGGCAAGGCACUUUCAGCAAAUACCACCUCUUCAUGCAGAGGUCUUCUUGCAAAACACCCCCCGAGGAGGACAAACUGCACCAGGAGAGAGGACAUAACGGAACGCUCAUCCCUUGCUACGGUAAAGACAGUUCAGGUCUGGCAGACUCUGAUUUGGCCCCAGACUCCGACCCACCUGGAAUGGACACCAGAUACCUGGCUGUGAAGGAUCAGAGUGUCAAGGCGGCCUCUGAUAGGACGCCGGGCAGUGAUUUAGCAAGCCCUCUGGACAAAGCUGAUGGUGGCGAAAGCAACAAAGGCAAGAAGAGGCGCAACCGCACAACCUUCACAAGCUACCAACUGGAAGAGCUGGAGAAAGUUUUCCAGAAGACACACUAUCCUGACGUUUAUGCUCGAGAGCAGCUCGCACUCAGGACGGACCUGACUGAAGCUCGUGUGCAGGUGUGGUUCCAGAACCGGAGAGCAAAAUGGCGAAAGAGGGAGCGCUUUGGUCAGAUGCAGCAGGUCCGAACACAUUUCUCGACAGCUUACGAGCUGCCUCUUCUAACCCGUCCUGAGAACUAUGCUCAGAUUCAGAACCCUUCCUGGAUCGGUGGCAGCAGCGCUGCAUCUCCCGUGCCUGGCUGCGUCGUGCCGUGCGACACGGUGACUCCGUGCAUGACACCUCACCCCCACUCUGCCAGCGGGGUGUCUGAUUUUCUGGGAGUACCGAGUCCCGGAGGUCACAUGGGGCAGGCUCACAUGGGCAGCCUGUUUGGAGGAUCUCCUGGCAUGGCUGGAGGCAUCAACACUUACGAUCUCAACAUGGACCCUGACCGCAAGUCCUCCAGUAUCGCCGCUUUACGCAUGAAAGCCAAAGAGCACAGUGCAGCCAUAUCUUGGGCCACAUGAUGUGUUGACACAUA